CUUGAAUACUGAAUUUCUACUCAGUGGCUCCUCUCGGUUGUUUUGACUGACAAACCUGUGUGACAGCUUGAGAUUCUUAACGUUCAUGGCUUUUUUUGUACAUAAUUACUCAGUCAUGAGCGACAGCUGUUGACAGUUUUGGCAGAAUGAAAUAUGUUAUAGCUUGUCAUACAUCACUUUGGGUGUGGGACAAACAAAACAAGAGACAAGUCAAUCAUCAAAGUCUAUAACAAACACUGACAUUUAAAGGCAAACUUAAAAAUACAGGAUCCAAUUUUCAUAGUGAUGUAUACAAUUAGAAGUACCGAAUUGAAAACGUAAGGCCUUGACCUUGUUGAUCCUUUUUUGUGAAACCAAAUAAAGUAACAUUGCUAACAAGCCUGAAAAAAACAAUGCAACGGCCCUGUAGCCUAUAUGUACUAGGGUAGAAGUAAAAACGGUUAAGUUGCCAGUAGAUGUGAAGUAAACACUCACAUUUUCCUUCUGGGUUGUUGAAUAUAAAGUGGGCUAUAAAGUAUGAUAAGAUAAUAGCCUAGGUUACUUGAAUGUAGGAGUUGUAACACAGUGUUUAUACUGUGUGUUAUGUUCUCCCCACUAUUGCCUAAAGACACACCCACCUGAGCCCCCCUCCCGGACUAUCGAGGCAAAUAUGGUCGGGUGCACCACAGCAGAAAAGCCCCCCCUUCCCUCCUCUAUUGCUCUCUUUGCGCAUAUUAACCGUUAUGCGUUAUGUGGCUGCUUGGAUAGAGGUUGAACAGUAUAGAAUACAAACAGAGAAAGUCCUGAAAAAGAAGCGGCCAGUUGUGGAUACAUAGACCAGCAUGGCUUCCACUCCCUCCGCCUCUGCCCUGUCUGCUGUUCUCCGGUGUCGGGGUAACAUCUUCACCAGGAAUCCACCGACCAAGCGGCCUGCCAGCUCCGCGUACAGCCUCGGGCUCGCCGGCUUCUGCCGAGCUAAGCGCGCCCGGUCCAACCAGCCGUCAGCGUGGGAGGCUUUCCUCCAAGGGGUUUCGGGGGGGAGAAGCGUGACUGGGGCGUUCAAGUCACCCCGGAUGGCUGGUAAAGUGUUGAGAGAGGAAGAAACAAGGAAAAAUAACAAAUUAAAUCGCCCAAAACUUUCGCAAUCCGCAGGGGACGUGCUCUCAUAUGUGCCUGGUGCCCAAAACUCGCUGGUGCGUCAGCUGGUACGAAGACUGUCAUGUAACCUGCCUGGAAUAGACAAAUGCUCUGCAAUAAUUCAAACGAUUAAAUACGAAACACGUCCUACACAUAUUUGUAAAAUAGCAUGUGUUCAGGACAUUUGUGAAUUCCCGGUUGGUGUUUUGAAAGUGUCCAUAAAGUGUCCAUGUUUGAUGGAAAAUGCAGGACACAUACCUUCUUUUGUGUUAAGUGGCUGGUCAACACUGAAGAGCACAUGCCUGUCUUUCACUGCUCUGGUGUCAGGAUUUAUGUCACUGAAGCUGGCAGUGUUUUGGAGGUCCAGCAGUAUCCCUGAUGAUGCACUAGGCCUACAUCAAAACAUCAAAAACAAUGACCUGCAGACAGAUAACCACAGUCCCAGUGAUAUCACCUCCUCCAAGGACAACUCCGGCUCUGGACAAAUGGUCCCAGAGGACAGACCUGACUGAGAGUCCAAGGCCUUAGCACAACAAAUACACACUGUGAUCUAACCCUAUUUGCUGACUUGUAGUUGGCUUUCACGUUGUACAGAGCACAUUUCGGACUUCAACCCAGUGAUAUAAGAAAACAAACUGGUUGUUUUUAGAGCUUUUAGAACAAGGAUAUGCUUUAUCAAAAAAUAUACAAAAGAGUAUGCUAAGCACAUGUAGGGAAACAUGCAGCGUGUGUAUUCAAGGCCUUCUGGUGGUUGUAGUAGGCUACAUAUUCAAAUGCGGCACUGUUUUAUUUUUUGUUGGAUGAUUUGCACAGAAAGCUUAUUUUUUUGCAAAUGGAAUAGAGUCAAAUACAAUAAAAAAUGUUUUAUUUAA